AUGUAAACAACGCAAGUAUUUUCAUUGAAAAGAAUAACACGUGUUCGAAUUCUGCGUGAGAGCCGGACUACAUAGCUUCAUUAGAGCGAAACUUCACGAGCUCAAAUCCGUCCAUGACUGAAUUUGAUAUUCGUGUACAGAAAGUUUUUACAACGAAUUCCAAGAAACAGAAGUGCCAAUUUUUUAUUGUAUAGCAGUACCAAAGGGUCGGCCCAACGUACAUCUUAAAAGUCCAGUAUGAUGCCAGAGAAGAAACGCAAAGUCGAAAAAUACGAACAGGCUGAGGACAAUGAAGAGGCCAGAAAACAGCCCAAAGUAAUCCCACAUUUGAAAAAUCAGGAGCAACGACUCAUCGUUGUUUUAGAGGGCGCAAAUCUUGAGGUGAUUAAAGUUGGUGAGCGUUUCGAGCUACUAAAUUGUGAUGACCACCUGAAGCAGAUGAAAAAACAUGGAAAGGAUCCGGCACAUGCGCGUCCGGAUAUUACACAUCAGUGCUUACUAAUGCUUUUUGACUCCCCUCUCAAUCGGGCCGGAUUACUGCAGGUAUAUGUACAUUCAUCGAAAAACGCCCUCAUAGAAAUAAACCCUCAAACUCGAAUUCCACGAACAUUUAAGCGUUUCGCUGGACUCGUAGUUCAAUUAUUAAAUAAGAUGAGCGUUCGGGCGGCGGACUCUUCAGUAAAGCUGAUGAAGAUCAUUAAGAAUCCAGUUUCUGACCAUCUGCCAAUUGGGUGUAAAAAGCUCACGAUGUCAUUUCAUGCUGAAAAGACUGUACAUCCAAGAGAAUUGGUACCCGCGAGCGGCGAACCCGUCGUGCUGGUGAUCGGCGCGAUGGCCCAUGGAUCAGUGGAUGUUGACUAUACAGAAGACACAUUUUCUAUAUCUGACUAUCCGCUAUCAGGAGCAUUGGCCUGCUCUAAGAUUUGUACAGCUUUCGAAGAAAAAUGGGGCAUCCUUUAGUCAGGCAUAUUCAGACAUCAGCUCGUAAACAGUGGUUAUAAUUACUUUUGCUAUCUAGGCGAUGCGCAAUAUUAUUUUAAGAAAACACGCAACGUCAUCUUGAAUCAGCUUCUAGGGUUUUUUUUUCUGUUAGCCUGAUACGUUUGUGUUACCAUAACGACGAAAGUGACGAAAG